AUUGUGCUGUGUGGGGCCAUGAUCGUUGGAGUGUGUGUGCGUCGCUCGAGCUACGCGCAGACCUGCCCAGUAAAUACGAGGCUUCCGUUCCCUUGUGCGUGUCGAAAGAGUGCGUAGUAAAAAGGAGGUAGAGUCUCGUCUCGUUGGCAUCCCGUAUCACCGGCGUGCACCAUCAUGCCGUUGAGUAUUGGGGUUAACCUAAGAGUGACCGGACACUGUAAUCAGGGCGGUCGUAAGUACAUGGAGGACAUGUUCAGCGUGGCCUUUCAGUCGACACCGGAUGACAAAGAUCUGGAAUAUGCCUUCUUCGGCAUAUUCGACGGCCACGGCGGCGGCGAAGCAGCUACUUUCGCCAAGGAACAUCUGAUGAACGUUAUCGUCAAGCAGAAAAAUUUCUGGAGCGAUCGUGACGAGGAUGUACUUCGGGCCAUCAAAGACGGAUACGUGAAUACACACUAUGCGAUGUGGCGGGAGCUUGAUAAGUGGCCGAGAACCGCAUCAGGACUACCAUCCACGGCUGGGACUACGGCUAGCAUAGCGUUUAUUCGCAAAGGCAAAAUUUACCUGGGUCACGUAGGAGAUUCUGGCAUAAUAUUGGGAUAUCAAGUCGAUGGUGAUCCUCAGUGGCGUGCUGAAGCUUUAACCAAAGACCAUAAGCCAGAAAGUGGCCCUGAAAUGAUAAGGAUACGUGAAUCUGGUGGUAAAGUUGUUAGCAAAUCUGGGGUCCCAAGAGUUGUAUGGAACAGACCUCGCAUUGGACACAAAGGGCCUGUUCGAAGAUCAACACAUAUAGAUGAAAUUCCCUUUCUUGCUGUUGCUAGAUCCUUAGGUGAUCUUUGGAGUUACAACUCUGAAUUAAACACAUUCGUAGUGUCUCCAGAACCAGAUGUUAAAGUAGUUGCAAUUGACGUUGAAUCACAUCGUUGUCUUAUUUUUGGAACAGAUGGCUUGUGGAAUAUGUUAACACCUCAAGCUGCAGUGUCUAUUGUCCAAGCUGCAGAUAGACAUAAUGAAAAGCAUCUCAUUGCUUCUCAACAAACAUGUAAUGGGCAAGCUGAUAAUGUUCAACUAUGGAUAAAUCCUUCGAAAAGUCUUGUGGAUAGAGCAUUGGAAAAGUGGUCAUCAAAGAGAUUACGUGCAGAUAAUACAAGCGUGGUUACGUUGAUGUUAGAUCCACCAGGUCCAUCUCGUAGUGAGGUUCUGCUUAGUCAGAAGGAGUGUGUUGUGACCCAUCAUACUAUCCACACACCUACAGCUACACUUUCAGAAGCUCCGGCAAGACAUAAUUGUAAUCCAAUCUCUCCGGGUAUACCAAGGCCUUCUCCUAUAAUAAAUUAUAAUGUUGAUCUAAGAAGGCCAGAUAUUCCAGAAGAGAUGCAAGAGAAUAGAAAAGAAUCAGAUGUUGAAAACAUAUGUACACCAAUAGAAAAAGUUGAAGAAAAUCAAUGUCAAAAAAAUGAAACGCACACAAGUAUUCCAAAAAAUUUGAUAAAUGAAAACAUUCAACCUGUAGAAUCAUCGUCCAAUAAAACAUUAGAAAAAAAUAUAGAAGUAAAUAGUCCGAAGCCCGAAGCAAUUCCAGCGGAAAAAACAGAAAUUAACGAGGAACCAAAAACGACAAUUAAAGAAAACGAUAUAUUAAUUCAACAAAAAAAUUCAAGCUCGUCUCGGCAGUCACCGGAGAAAGAAAAGAAAAAUGAUUCUAACGUUUCAAAUGUGAUACACCAAAGUGCAUUUUCUAGUGAAUGUAAUGGUACACACUCUUCUAUGGCCGUUACUACCACAGAGUGCAAUGAGAUGGUUCCGGAAAGUACUAACUGUAAUGAGAACGAAGUAAAAGCUAAUGUAUUGAACGGAUCGUGUCAUAAACAAGCGACAUUGUUUUCCACGUCAAGAAAGGAUGUUCGAAGCGGGAGAAGGCACAGCCUAACAGCUUAUUCGCGAAAUACAUUGAUGGAUGCAGGUUCUUUAGAAACGAAGACAUAUGUAAAUUCUAGACUUAAAUCGCGUAGUACAAAAGUGACAGGGAACACGAUAGAGGAAGGUGUGAGAAAUUCAACGAACAAAACGAGCGGUAGUGCUAUUGGUAUUAAACGAAGACACAGUGCAAUAUCACAGAAUGUAGUUAACACGAUCGAGGAGUCAUGUAUAUUACAAGAGCCAUGCGUUAAAAGGAGAACGCGCUCAGUGGAUCGUCCGAACCCGGUCGACGAGAAUGAUCCAGCAAAUCAAGCCACGAAGGAUGCGAGUAGUAGUUUAAGUUGGCCUACCACGGACUCCAAUAUUGCUCGUUCCACAGCUGGUGCUACCACUGUACCUGUACAAGAAAGACUGUCGUCGUUAAAUACCUUCCAAAGAAAUUUGGGGAAGAAAGCUACGCCCGUGAAAGCUAUUAGGAGACCGUCUAUCAAAGGUCUGUUGAAACAGUUGUGGGCUGCUAGUCUCAGUGCAAGAGAAUGGGAUCAAGGGAGAAACAACCGAUCAAAUAACUGUAACGAGCGAAGGAUAAAACGAACUGUAUCUAUUAUAGGUUCUGCGGAUGAUACGAAUGUUCCGCAACGUUGGCUCAGGUCAGAUACCAUUGCGGCGAGACCUGUGAAAACACUACGUUCACGUAAUGUAGAGAUAACUGGUCACACGAUAUCUCCACAAUUAGUUCAUCAGUAUGGAAUAGUAAAGCAAAGUCGGCUCUCUUUGUCAAAUAAAAUGAAGCAUUCUAGUAAUAAUGGAUUUCUACAAUCGAAUAGAGUAAGGUCUUCCUCCUUGCCAUCUAGUAUAAAACAGACGAACAAUAGUACUGGGAAUGGAGCUUGUUCUACAAUUAGCCCUACGAACACGGGAUGUAAUUCUAGUUCCGGAAUGGCCAAGAGAGUGAAAUCACCUUACAAUCCGAGUGCUAGAUCAUUAAGCUCGCGAUCUCGCAUUAAGCGCCUUGGAAAAUGAGGUAGGGUAACGUACGUUAAUUAUAUUACUUGUUUUAAACAGGGUAUCGUUUCUUACCCUCACCAAAUUUUUAUUUACUUCGCGUCUUGCUUUUCAUCUCUAUGGAAAGGUUUGAUGGCUAAUUGAGAAAAAUAAAAAAAAAAGAUGCUCUCGUCUCUACUGUUGCAUUUUAUCUUAAAACUUGAAGAUACUAUAAGGCAAGCCCUUGUCUCAAUUUUCCAAACAUCUUGACGGAAUUGGGUUUGCAUUUUACGGACCAAUCAAUUACUAAAAUAAAAAAAAAAAAAAAAA